CAGGUCAUCCCGGCCUAAUAAGCCGUCCCACACCGCCCCUACCCACCUGCUUCAGCUUCAGCUUCAACAGCAACAGCUUUACAUAUCCCGGAAGUGAGAAAAUGCCACGCCUGCCCAUCCUCGACUCGGACGAAGAGCGCGAGCAGCUGCUCACCGAGAGCCGGCGCCGCGCGCGCCGGAUCCUGCACGGCUUCAUCGACUUCGCUUUCCAGGGCAACGUGCUCGAGAUCGCGUUCGGGCUGAUCCUGGCGUCCAUGUUCACGGCGCUGGUCACGUCCUUCGUCAGCGACAUCCUGCUGCCGCCGCUGUCGGUGCUGCUGCCGCUGAACAAGAACCUGGAGGAGAAGUUCGCCGUGCUGCGCGCGGGGCCGAACCAGCCGUACAACACGCUCAAGCAGGCCCAGGACGAUGGCGCGGUUGUCAUGGCUUACGGCUUCUUCCUGAACCGGCUACUCAAUUUCAUGGGCGUCGGCUUCUCGCUGUACGGCUUGGCUGCUGUGUACCAGUGCGUCUCGCAGGAUCCGAUCAUCAAGCACACGGUCAAAUGCAGGUAUUGCCGGAAGAGGAUCAAUGAGAAGGCUCAACGAUGUGUGAAUUGCUCCAGUUGGCAGGACGGCAGGGAGGAUGUGCAGCCCAACUAGAGGUAGGUAAGGCGUGUAAGGUCGAGGGGCUGUCAUCAGGGGAGAGUUCCAAACCACGGGUAAUGAACCCCUUGACGUUUGCCCUCCUCAUUAACUCAAAAAGAAGGGUUGUUAAUCCCAUCCGUUCCACACGUAUGGUCCUGGCAAAGCUCGCGACGCGUUGUAGUGACACAGAGUAGG